AGGAUACAGUGGGUGCCGAAAGACCAAGAAUAUAAACAACGGGAGUUGGUAUUCGGUUCGGGCUUUUGUUUUGAUUAAUCGACUCUCUCAAACAUCACGUCGGAGCCUCUGUUCCUGUCAAUCGGAGCUCUCUUUCAUCGGAUCGGAUUACAAAUCGAGAAAGCAAGCUAAUCAACGAUGGGUUCGGAGCAGAACGAAGGCACAAGCUUUCCACCAGCGGAACCAAAGCUUUGCGUCAACGGCUGCGGCUUCUUCGGCACGCCUUCCAACAUGAAUCUCUGCUCCAAGUGCUAUCGUGAUCUUCGUGCCGAGGAGGAACGGGAGGCUUCUGCGAUAGCCGCCGUGGAGAAAUCUUUCAGUUUCAAAGCGAAAGAAUCGGCUGUGGUUGAUGCUGUCUCUUUGGUGGAUGUUGAGCCGGCAGAACCUGUGACUGCGCUGGCGGUGGUUUCUUCCGAAUCUUCGUCGUCUGGCGGUGAUCAGGCCCCGCCCAAGGGGCCUACCAGGUGUGUUAGUUGCAACAAGAGGGUUGGAUUGACGGGUUUCAAGUGCAAGUGCGGCAGCACUUACUGUGGGAUGCAUCGGUACCCUGAGCAGCAUGAGUGUACCUUUGAUUACAGGACCUCUGGCCGUGAUGCAAUUGCAAAGGCAAAUCCUCUUGUUAAGGCUGACAAAGUUGAGAGGUUCUGAUCGAAUCUGAAUUUCUGGGUAAAUUUGGUAUUUUUUUAAGGACCUUGCUUUGUUGGUUUCGGUUUCUAUCUGGUCAGUAGUAAGUGGGUCAAUGGGUCUUUUGUUGUGGGGUGGGGAUGGGGUCUUUUAUUGUUGGGGUGGAUUUUCGAUUCCUUAAUAAAGCGAAUGACUUAAUUUUUAGUUGCUGUGUUUUUUUUUUAAUGCCUUUGGCUUUCUUCUUCUGCUUGAUAAGAAGCUUCGCAAUAUUUCUGUAUCUUUUCUUCCUCUAUACGUAUGUUCUCCCGGUAUAUGCUAUUGCUGGCAUUAUUUAGCUAGUCCGGAGUUCUACUUUUAUUUCAAUAUAUGCCUUAGUGUUUAAUAUAUUCGAAACAUUCAAUCU